AUGUUAGUGGGUGGUGGUAACGAUAAUGAUGAUGAUGAUGAUGUCAACAACAAUGACAACGAUAGAGAUACCAAUGGUGGUCGUGGUGACGGAGGUGGCAUUGGUGGUGGUGGCGAUGCCGAUGGUGGUGGCAGUGACAACAUGGUGGUGGUAACAAUAGGUGAUAUUCUUAUUAGUGAUGGUGGUAGCAAUGCCAGUGGUAAUGGUGAUGCUGGUGGCAGUGAUGAUGGUAGUGGUGUUGGUGGUGGCACCAAGUGUGAUGAUGGUGGUGGUGGUAAUAGUGUUGGUGGUUACGGUGGUGGUCACAACGAUGGUGGCGGUGGCAGUGGUGGCAGUAAAAAGUGA